UCCAGUGCAGCAGCACGAGGCUGUCUGUGAGAGCCAGCCGGCCCAGGAGCACAGUGGAGGGCUUGGUGGAGAUGUGAGGGGAGCGCAGCAGCAACAGGGCCCGCAAGCUGAACAGACAGCCCACCAGCAGGGGAAGGCCUGCUGUGUGGGGGAACAACAGCACCGUCACCAGCUUCAGCAGUAAGAAGAAACGCAGCCAUCCUCUAGAGGCCGAGAGCACUCCCUCUGUGGUGGAACCAGGCCAGCACCAAGAGCUCAUCUCCCAGACUGUCUUUGGUUUGAUCUGCAGAGAGUUCAACACGUGGAGUUCUUUUUCCAUUUACUGUAAAUGUGUGGCUGCAUGGUCGAUUAUGUCAUUGGGCUUGAUGCUGUUGAGCUGCACAGAAGACGAGACAGGCCAGUCCUACUUUGAAAAGCUUUCUAACAACUGAGGCUGUAAGGAAGCAGCCACUUGCUGCAGCGUCCUCCACCCACUGCUGCUACGACAUCUGGCAGACGAGGCAGAGAGGCGGAGAGGCGGAGGAGACACACACUGAAAACGCACUGCUGUUGUUCACAUCAAUCAGGAGAGAAGACCAACAGACUGCACCGCUCUGUAACCAGACCAGGAACUCAGCGCUAAGCUGCAGGUGUGGCCACAAAUGGAGUACAUGAAUCUGACACGCAGCAACUCUGACUGUUCCUCCAUUGAUGACUUCCGUAACCAGGUUUACUCCACAGCCUACUCCCUCAUCACUGUGUUUGGCCUGGUUGGGAACGGUUUGGCCCUGGUGGUGCUGAUCAGAACAUACCGCCAGAGCUCGCCCUUCCAUGUCUACAUGCUGAACCUGGCUGUGUCUGACCUACUGUGUGUCAUGACGCUGCCACUGAGAGUUAUAUACUAUGUGAAAAAGGGCCAGUGGGACCAGGGCGAUUUCCUGUGUCGCAUAAGCUCCUACGCCCUCUAUGUAAACCUCUACUGCAGCAUUUACUUCAUGGCUGCCAUGUCCAUCACACGUUUCUUGGCCAUUGUCUUCCCUGUGCAGAACCUGCGGCUGGUCACAGAAAGCCGUGCUCGCCUGGUGUGUGUGGGUGUCUGGGUGUUUACCUGUCUUUCAUCCUCACCCUUCCUGAUGUCUGGCCAGCAUUUUGACUCCGUCACAAAUAAAACCAAGUGCUUUGAGCCUCCACAAGGUGACGGUGUGCAGAAACUAGUCGUGCUGAACUAUUUGUCUCUGGUGGUGGGCUUUGCCCUGCCCUUCCUGGUCAUCCUGCUCUGCUACGCUGGCAUAGUCCGGGCCCUGCUGUCCCGCACCAAUGCUGCCCGCCGCCAGCGGGGCACAGGCACCAGAGCCAUCCGAAUGAUCGUCAUCGUCCUGCUGACCUUCCUGGUCAGUUUCAUGCCGUACCACGUGCAGCGCACCAUCCACCUACACUUCCUGUCCCGGACUGACAGCAACUGCUCUGAGAAGAUUGCCAUGCAGAAGUCCGUUGUGGUGACGCUGAGCCUGGCUGCUGCCAAUUCAUGCUUUGAUCCACUGCUUUAUUUUUUCUCUGGAGAGGGUUUCCGCAGUCGCUUGUCCUCCCUGCGCCAGUCAAUGAAGGGCAGCGCCAUGUACCGUAUAACCAAGAUGAAGUCGGCCACAGAGCCAGAGUCCGGGGAAAACCACCAGCCGAGGGCCAGUUAAUUUACACCAUCAAACAAGCAGCUUGUGAUACGUUUAGAGAGCUUAGCUUAGCUUAUGAAAGGCAGAAAAAAGCAAAUAAAUAUAUAAUAAGCUAAUUAGGGCCAGUUAACUGCGCUGGCCGGUAAGUGCUCUCUUCACAACAAUGGGUUUUCUUCCAAAGAUUUCCUCAAAAGGUGAUCUGCUGUAAGGAGGAGUGUAGCAUCAUUACUUCUAAUUAGGGCUGGCCAAUAUAUCGAUAUCACAUCGACAUCAAUGUAUUAGACUAGAUAUUGUCUUAAAUUUUGGAUUU